GCACACCACCACCUCUUACCAUCUCAUCCUUUACUGCACCAUCAUCGACGCAUAACAAUCAAUCGUGCGACGAUCUGAAAAGUACACAUCGACACCAGCGCCCUCGCUGCGACGCGCCAACAUGGCGCAACCGGCCCCCGACAUCUCUCAGAUCCUGGCCGCACUGGCUCAGCAGCAGCCGGCAGGCUCUCCAGCGACCUCUGCUCCACCGCAACAGCUAUCGCAUCAACCUCCGCCGGGCUAUCCUCCUCCCGGGGUCAUGCCCGCGCAACCGCCGAGCGCGCCUCCUCAGCAGGCUCAAUACUUACCUCAACCUUCUAACACUGGCAGUGUUGAUCUGAGCCAGAUCAGACCUGUCAACAGCGGCUCUGUAAGCAUCGCCGACGCCAUCGCUAAAGCGCGUAACAUCGCCGAGAACCGUGGCAUCGCUUCGUACGACCCACGUCAACAAUCUGCUGGACCACGCGAAGACCCACGCCUCGCCGGUCGCGGCUACCAGCAAUCACGUUCUCGAUCACGAUCACCACCUCGACGCGACAACUACAACGCGAACCCGUACCGUGAUGAGCGCCGAGAAGAUCCUCGCAGAGGCAGCUACCGUCGCUCUCCAUCUCCGGAUCGCGGAGGUGACAACUUCCGCGGAGGGCGAGAUCGAGGAGGCCGUGGCGAUGGCGGCAGCGAGGUCGAGACCAUUCGCGUGAAGUCUGGAUUGGUAGGACUGAUCAUUGGACGUAACGGUGAAAACCUGCGAAAAGUGGAAUCCGAAAGCGGCGCACGGGUACAAUUCGUUCAGGCGAAAGACUCCCACCAGGCGGAGCGCCAAUGCACAAUUUCCGGCUCUACACGUUCGCGGGAAGCUGCCAAAAGCGCAAUAUUCCAAAUCAUCGAGGAGAAUGGCGGGACUCCAGUCGCUCAAGAGAAAGGUGCUUACACUGCAGGUAUGCCCGGACGUGCCAAGGUCAACCUUCCUGCUUUGCGAGAAGGGGAGGCUAGUACCCAGAUCAUGGUUCCGGACAAGACUGUUGGUUUGAUCAUCGGACGAGGUGGUGAGACUAUUAAAGACCUACAGGAGAAGAGUGGCUGUCACGUGAAUAUUGUUGGCGAGAACAAGAGCGUCAACGGUCUUCGCCCGGUGAACCUUAUCGGCAGCGAGCGCGCCACUGCAACGGCGAGAGAAUUGAUUCUUGAGAUCGUCGAGAGCGACAGCCGCGGAGGCGGAGGCGGAGGCUCUGGAGUCAAUGUGACAAUGCCCGGAACCCGAGACCGAGGCUUUGACCAAGAUCGAGGCAAUCAGCGCAAUGGCGGCGGUGGUGGCGGUGGCCGAGGAGGCGGAGCUGGCGAUCAUGUCGAAAAGACGAUUCGAGUCCCAUCCGAAGCCGUCGGCAUGAUCAUUGGCAAAGGCGGCGAGACCAUCAAGGACAUGCAGCGCACCAGCGGCUGCAAGAUCAAUGUCAAUCAGCCGCAACCCCCGGAUGUGCACCGCAAUAUUGACCUGGCAGGUACCGCUCGUGCUAUGGAAGAGGCCGAGCGGAUCAUCUGGGAGAAGGUCGAGACUGUCCGCCAACGUGACGCUGCGGCCGGUCGCACUGGCGGCGGUGGCGGCGGCAGAGGAGGUGGCGGAGGAGGACGUGAUCAGCCCGCAUCGCAUGGUUACGAUGCAUACUCACAGAACCAAGCAGCCCCGGCCGUGCCCAGCUACGGACAGUACAGCGCACCGGCGCCGCAAGUACCCCCUCAGAUGCCGGCAUUCCAGAUGCCAGCCGUGCAGCAACAAGCUGCGCAACCGGCCAACGCCCAACCUGCUACCAAUGAAGCGUACGCUGCGUGGUAUCAGUGGUAUGCGCAACAGAUGCAGCAACAGCAGCAACCCGGAGGCGCUGCGCCUGGAACCCAGUGAUACGUUCAGCGAAGUUCUCGUGACGAUGAUGAGAUGAUGCCGUGAUUGGAUCGCCGUCGACCCAUGGUUUUCGCUUCAGUCAGCAGUUGACUGAUUCUUACGAUGAUACCCGUCUUUGGUUGCACUCGCGCAUGAUGUCGCCCGUCUAUGAGCUCGGCUUGCCUUCACUCCGGACAUGACACCUAUCGUACGCUGAACGCUCUCGCAUGGUGCCCUCGAUCACGUUUGACUGGUGACACUUGAGGUCAUAGCUUACUGAAGCUCAUGAGGCAUGAGGUCUCUUAUGGGUCGCCUUGUUGUGGCGCCCGUUUGUGGUGCAGCGCGCAUGUACCGAGGAGCUCUCGAUGCUGAUGAAAUCGCGUCAGGGUGACUACCUUUCACAAUAUCUUGCUCUGCUGCCUGCUUGCCUAUCUGGACUAGACCGUGUCACGGCUCAAGGUGCUCGCUGCAAAGCACAGUAUAAGGAACCUAUUCUAGAGACGAGCUUCGCACUUAGGACUACUCGAUGCAUUGUGGGUGACAGAAUGGGUUUUCGAUGCGGCUGCAUUGGCCGCAGGAGUUUGAGGACUGUACGCGAUAGGCGACGCAGAAUGUGUCUACUUCGAAUAAUGUCUUUUGGUGUAUAAUAUGGAUGCAUGCUGUAUGUGCAUGUUGCAUGUUUCUUGUAAGCCCA